CCCAAUCUUCUGCGCAAGCAGAGUAUGAGAGCGAAGCUCGAUAACCCAAAAUCCUCAGCAGUUCAUUUCCCAAAUCUUACUGAAGGUGAAGGACGUGUGCGAUUUGUUGGUGUUUGCGAUUGGUAAACUUCAGCUAUGCUAAUCCGUUUUUAAUUCUUUUUCUAUAGCUAGCUAUAUUUUAUUAUUUUUCCAUAAGUAGUAGAGAAUUAUAUUUAUUCCUUCUCUUAUAUAAUUUUAUUUAUUUACUUACUGCUAUAGAUCUAAAAUUUAUGGUGAGCUGCAAUCAAAAUAGCAGACACCUCAGCUCCAAAAGAAGGUGGUGAACCCAUAGUGUUAGAAACUCCAAUGGAUUUUUUAACUAAGCUCCUUCCAGCCAUGCAACAACAGCAGCUGGAAGCAAUCACAGCCCUAGGAGAAAAAUUUUCUACUUCCUUGAACAGCCUCCGAGCCGAUGUUUUAAACAAUGAUAAUAACUUCCAUGUGGACCGCAGUGGAGACAAUUCUCCUGGUCUAAGUCAUGGUGCAGAUAAACAAAAUGAAGCAAAUGCUUCCAUAUCUGCAGAUCACCCUAGAGGAAGGAAAAGAUCCAGGUCUUCAUCAGCAGAAACUUGCCUCAGUCAUGUAGAAUCUAGUUCUUCUACUAGGAGGCCUAGUAAAAAAGAUGUUGAUGCCAUAAGUACAUCAGCAUCCAACCAAUUGUAUGAUGGUUUAAUGAAUGAAAUGCUGGGGCAAGAAGACAACCAGUUAGAGGACCCAGACCAAGAUGUCUGGUCUGACCUCAUCAAAGAGUAUAACGAUGAGGACUCCUUUGGCACAGAAGUAGCUCCACCUUUAGCAUCUAUGGCUAAACUCAUGUGGUCGAAGAAACUUACCAAUGAAAAAUUGAAAGGCAGACUAGAAAAAGUCCAAAUUCCCACGAAUUGCCGUUUUUUGUCUGUAAAGAGCUGCAAUAAACCUAUAUGGGCCAAGGCAGACAGCAAAAGAUCAAAUGAUCUGGUAUUGCAGAAACUGCAAACCACUGUUUCGAAAAGCCAAGUGCAUAUCUUACAAUUGGCAGACCAAAUUAUUAAGGCACCCAAACAAGGAAACCUUAUUGUAAUAGAACCAUCCAUUUUAUUAAAUUUGGCUAAAGAUGCUCUUUGUCUAAUCGGUAACGCCAACCAGCAGCUAAAUCAGUAUCGAAGAGUCGGAUUAAUCGGUGCAAUGCCUCACCUAAAAGGAUUGGCAAAGGAUGUGUCUGAAGAAGACUUGUUGCUGUUUGGAGAUGAUUUGGACAAAAGAAUCCAAUCAUUGCAAGAUGAGGAGGAAACUAGUAAAGUGCUCUCACGACCAUCUACACCAUAUUCAAAAAAUAAUUUUAAAAAUUACAAACAGCCAUCCUCCAGUUAUUCCUCCUCUGCAAAGUAUAACCAGUCAAAAAACGAGAAGACCUUCUCAAAAGAUCGAAACCACUCCCUGAGAAGGUACACUCAAACCCUGAAGUACAAAGGGUACAAAGGGAGAAAACAAUGGUAGGUAAAGACCUUGUUGUUGCUGACCUUAAGUUAGCAGUUAAUUGCACUGGGAGGUCGAUUGAUCCCUAUCAUCCAAAUGUGAAAGAUGUGUUAAUACACCUUACUGAAUUAUUCAAAGAGAUGUUAUUGGUAGUGUGACAAGUCUUCAUGAUCUUGGUGCCUCGCUCUUGGACUCAGUUAUGGAAGCGACAAGUCAUGAAUCUUAGUUUGCGUUCUUUUUAACAUUUACAUACUGAUUGU